UGCUAUCUAAACAAAAUUGAAAUCUGAGAUAUCCAAGAAAGCAUCCGGCUAAACGAAGGGUGUGGGACGCGACGCUGCUGCUUCACCUUAUCCAACACUGUAAGACUCCAUCCCAACCCCUAAACCCUCUCAUCUAUGGUGCCAAAGGUUGUACACAAACCCAGAAAUUAACCACCUUAAUGUUCGCAACCCACCUUUUCCAAACAACAUUUCCCACCACAGUCACUCUCCGAUAAUGGAACUUUCUUCUUCUUUUUUACUCUCCCCAAAACCAUGCAAUUACUCUUUCUCCUCCUCCCUCUCUCCAUUCCCGAUUCACCUUUUCAUCAGAAACUCCAAAUCCCGAAACUCCCCUUUCCGAAUUCUGGCGGUGGCCGUAGAGCCACAACAGGGCUCCCCCGAGAGCAGUCCCCAGCGACUUCUCAAGGAGCUCGCGGCACGAAAGAAAGCAACUUCCACAAAGAAGGGACCCCCAAGAAGGUUCAUUCUAAGGCCUCCAAUAGACGAUAACAAAUUAGCUGAAAGGUUUCUCAACAGCCCGCAACUCUCUCUCAAGUCGUUCCCUUUGUUGAGUUCGUGCUUGCCCUCGUCGCGGCUCAACAAUGCAGAUAGGUUGUGGAUUGACGAGUACUUGCUCGAAGCGAAGCAGGCUCUGGGGUACACUCUCGAGCCCUCGGAAACGCUCGGGGACGAUAACCCCGCGAAACAGUUCGACACGUUGCUGUACUUGGCGUUUCAGCACCCUUCAUGUGAGAGAACGAAGGCGCGGCACGUGCGGUCGGGGCAUUCGAGGUUGUCUUUUCUGGGACAGUACGUGCUUGAGUUGGCGCUGGCUGAGUUUUUCUUGCAGAGGUAUCCGAGGGAGUCGCCGGGUCCAAUGAGGGAGAGAGUGUUUGGGUUGAUAGGGAAGAGAAACUUGGAUCAGUGGAUUAAAGCCGCUAGCUUGCAGAAUUUGAUAUUUACGUAUGAUGACAUGGAUAAGAUAAGGAAGAGGGAAAGGGACGGUCCUGUGAAGUCAGUAUUUUGGGCUUUGUUUGGGGCUAUCUAUCUUUGUUUUGGUAUGCCAGAAGUGUAUCGUGUUCUUUUUGAAGUCUUUGGAAUGGAUCCAGAUGCUGAGGACUGCCAGCCCAAAUUGCGGAGACAACUUGCAGAUGUGGAUUAUGUAUCUGCUGAGUUUGAAAGCAAGCUAAGCUGGCAAGACAUCGUUGCAUAUAAGCCUCCUGCAGAUGCUCUGUUUGAACAUCCAAGGCUAUUUAGAGCUUGUGUUCCCCCUGGGAUGCAUCGUUUUAGGGGCAAUAUAUGGGAUUAUGAUACCAGACCCCAUGUUAUGAAAGUACUUGGAUAUCCAUUAGAAGUAACAGACAGAAUCCCAGAAAUUACUGAAGCCAGGAACAUAGAGCUUGGACUUGGCUUGCAGCUAUGCUACAUGCAUCCAUCGAAGUACAAGUUUGAGCAUCCUCGAUUUUGCUACGAGAGAUUAGAAUACAUUGGCCAAAAGAUACAGGAUUUGGUGAUGGCUGAAAGAUUAUUGACGAAGCAUUUAGAUGCUCCGGGGUUGUGGCUGCAACAGAGGCACCGUGGCCUUCUUAUGAAUAAGUAUUGUGGAAGAUAUUUGAGAAACAAACUUCUCCACCGGUAUAUUAUAUAUGAUGAAAAGAUUCAAGACACUUAUGAGAAUAACCGGAGAAAAAGAAACCCAGCCACAACUGCUGUUCAACAAGCUCUUCAUGGGNAAUAA